AUGUCGUCUGGAACUCCGUCCGUCGUCGUGAUUAAGAUGGGUGCGACCCUGAAAAAGCGCCAGCUCGCAUUCCGGUCCCACCUUUCCGUGAAGACGUCGUCUCCACGGUUACCGUCCGCUCGUCAUCCUCCUGCUGCGCCGGCACAGGACGGCUCUGGAGCCUCCCGCUCCCGACCUGCGUCACCGGCAUCCCCUGCUCUCUCGACCGCAUCUACCGUUGACGGCGAAGAGGAGAUCGAGUCGUCCCCCGUCCUCCCCCCCCUCCCAGCGCCUAGGCUCCCGGACCGGGCCUUGGAAUUGCUGAGGACACCACCCGCUCACAGUGCAAGCGACAAUCGAUUCGGUACCGCUAGCUGGGGCUCACCGUAUCCUGAGUCGGAUCGGAACCUCCGACGCCAGAGCUUCAGCAGUGAGCCAUCGGAUGAUUCCCCGAUCCACCAGCUGGACAUCGAGACACCAUUCCUUCGCCCAGUCCCAGAGCUUUUGCGAUCGCAGACCGAGCCGCAAUCGUCUGUGAGCGCCGCUGCCGCCGUCCUUGCGAACCGCGUCCGUCGUCAGACGCUUGGACUUACUGAGGAUUGGAUACGCACUCACACGACCGACGACCUUCAGAAUUCCGAGAGUCGUCAUUGGUUCAGUGACGGAAGUGGAAGUGAGCACUCUUCAUUGAGCGGCUCAGAACGUGGUUGGCACGAAGAAGGCGGAUUUUUCACGCCUCGAGCAACCCGAAAAUCAAAUUCGACGUCUCGACAAGGAUCUCAACACACCCCCCGUGCGAGAUCCAGCAUCGAGACUCUUAAACCAGGGGAUACCCUUAGCCCCAAGACGGGUCAGAACAACAGCAUGGCGACCUCUGAAGCCGCGGCAACUCACGACGCGGCAAGCGACAGGUCUCAGGCCGCCGCAAUGAUGGAACAACCUGUGGCAGAAAGCCCUAUGAGGGCCAUUCCUAUCAUGAAUGGGGAGUCCAAGCAACUGCCCGCGACCCCUACCAAAGGCACCCAGAAGCCCCUGCCCAAGGAGCCAUCUCUAGCUAUGACUCCCAGGAUAAAAAGAAAGGUGCCCUGGAAGGGCAAGAACAUCAUGGUCCUGAUCCCGCGCGACGACGAUCGAGGAUUGCCCGGCAAGGCCCCGAUCCCCCUUCGUCAACAUGAAAUCAACAGGAUGUUCACCUCGUGGCAGGAGCUUGGAUACGACAUUUCCGGAUUUGAUCUGGAGGUUGAAGGAUAUCAACCUCCAGGAACUGAUGAUUCGCAGACUCGCGACUCUUGGCCUAAUUUCGACGAAGUGGACCAGGAGCGAGCGGAGCGAGUCUUCAAGGUUACUCUUCCAGAUUUGAACGCCUGGAAGGAAUACGAGAACGAGCUUCAGGAAGCCAAGCUGAGAGCCCUUGGUGUUUCAUUUGGUGACGAUGAGCCUGCGCCGCCGCCAUCCAUCUCGCCGGUUCCUACGGAUCUUAGCCGACAACCAUCAGUGCAAUACCCUCCGUUGCCCUUCUCUCCACCCCUCCCGACCUCGUCUGCUUCCAGCAGCCAUGGCAUCCCCGGAUUCCCUCUUCCCGGACAGUUUAUGCAUGGGCGUUCAUCAGCUACGCAAAGCCCAUCACUCUCUAUGGGAACGUCCCCAGUGCCCUUUGUCCCUGGAAAGUACAACCCUCGUCAAUCCAUUUCUCUGCCAGCCAGUACUUCGCCAUUUGGCAUGCACCAGCCCCAGCAGGGUUGGCAGAACCAGGCUGGCAUUCUGCACGGCCUGAGCCGACACGAUUCGCCUUCAAUGAUGAACUUCAACGGUAUGAUGUCACCUCAGUCACCGUUUGGCCCUGAAAGCCCUGGCGGCUUCCCCAUGCACCAGCACCAGCACCAGCGCCACCAAUCUCUGCAAUUCCCGAUGCUGCCCCAUCAGCAGCAGUUCCAGUACCUGCAGGCAGCUAGAGCCUCGCCGCGGCUGCAAGAGGUUCGGGAGGAUGAGGAAGAGCCCCUUCCCAAUAUUCCCAGCAAGAGCUCUUCCAAAACUCCUGAACCGCCGAAGCAGAACCCCGAUAGUCUGCAGGCCGAGAUCGAUGAUGCUGAGUACCACUUGGAGGAGCAAUUGCGCGAACAGCUGGAGCACGAGGACUACAAUCCUCAACCCCAGACUCAGGCUCCGGUUCCCACUGCAGAGCCGUUUGUUCCUGCACACGAACGCCAGAUCUCGGAACACUUCCCUGCCCCUGAGCGGUUUGCCAACGAGCCCCCCAAACCACUUGUUCUGCACCACCCCAGGCCACACAGCCGCGGGCAUUCGCUUUCGCAACCCUUCUACCGUGACAAGAUCGAGGCCCAGGAGACUACCGAAGAUGGAAAUCUCCAGAAGUUCCGCAGUCUUAACGAGAUCCCCGAGACGCAGAAGGUCGAUGAGGCCUUUGAGAUUGAGACGAAUCCCAGCAACCUGGGUACUCCCGUCCAGACAUUUGAGUUCGCUGAUGCUGCUUUCGCCCACAAGAAGAACUUCUCCACGGCUAGCAACCCCUGGAACGACGCUGUUUCCGUCAACAGCAGCGUGACCCGACGAUCUAGCCACGGCAGCAAGGCAUCCUUCUCGAAGCUUAAUGUCAAGGCCCCCGAAUUCAAGUUCAACCCGGGACAGAGCACCUUUACGCCUGGUCAGUUUGACUUCAGCAACAAGGGCUUCCAGCCCAAUAAUAAUUUCCAGCCGGCUGCUUUCGAGGCUGCUCCUUUCCAAGCUGCUUCAUUCCAGCCUGCCUCUUUCCAGGCCGCUUCGUUCCAGCCUGCUGCUUUCCAGCCUACCGUAUUCCAGGCCGGAGUUAGCAACCAUAUCGCGUCCCCUCCGACGGUCGCGCAUAGCUUCACCACUCCCGCAAAGAUUAAUGUCAAUGCUCCGUCCUUCUCCCCCGGACGAAGUGACUUCAGUUUCUCGGCUUCUGGCCCCAAGUUCAACCCCGAUGCACCUGCAUUUACCCCAUUGUCUGAUUCAUUCGCCAGCCCAGCAUCAGGCACGGAGAGUGUCGGCAAGCGCGGGAGCAUCUUUGGUAGCAUUGACCUUACGACGACCACGGCGUUCCAGCCUGGCAAGAAGUGGACCAAGGCCGUUCCGAUUCUUAAGCCGUCUAGCGAAUCUGGUCAAUCUCUGCAGGGCGAUGAUGAGCCGGAGCUUGAUACCGACGGACGCCCUCUGAUUGACGAGUCUCGCAUCAAGCGCGCGAGGAGCUCUGCACCCGGAGGCGACGAUGUGCCCCUCUUCGCUGAGCAGCCCAAGGAUGCCUAUAUCCACACACCUGAGCCAGAGGCCGAUGAGGCAGUCAGGGAUGAGCCCAGUGCUAACGAGGCGGAUAACCUACCUAUCGACACGUCGAUGUCGUCUAUCGUUACUUCUGACCAGCUCGACACGAAGGCAACAACUGCUACUCCUUCAGAAACCUCACCCACUGAGUUUAAUACCAACAGCUGGCAACCCUUCGAGUUCAAGUCCUCGAUCGACCUCCAGAGCUUCAACGACGCGCGACCUUUCGGCGAGGAUACUUUCAAGCAUGGCCAUAAGAAGACCUUGUCGGCCGCUGCCCAGCCUUUCGUCCCUGGACUUCCGUCUUACGGAGAGGCUUCGCAGACUGACAAGGACGAUGAGCAGUCCGACGUCUCGCCUGUUGUCAGCCCUGUUCCUGCUCGACCUACUUCUGGCCUGGCUGCUUCUCGCUUCAGCUCUGGUCAGCCGCAGCCCAGGACUGUUUCCCAAGGACUCAGUGCAUCUCGAUUCGCUUCUCCUCCACCCAAGCCCAAGGGCCUGGCUGCCUCUCGGUUUGCUAAGAGCCCUACGCCCGAGCAGGAGCUGUACCACACUGAGCCCGUUGACGACAAUGUGAUCGAAUCGGUUGAGCAUGAGUACGAGCCCGAAUACCAGCCCCAGACCGCGAACAGCGAAGACCGAGAGCCUACCUUUGCCGAGAUUGACGCCGUCAUGGACCACUUCUACGAUGAUCCUAACAUGGGCGUCAACAAGGUGGUCGAGGCCACCAAGUGGCAGCAUGGCAGCCCCACUCGCAAUGUUUCCGUUGCUGCAGUUGCCAACUCAUCACCGUACCGGCUGGAACCGGGUGUAGAGCAAUUUACUCGAGACGAGGCCAGCGCCACCCCGCGGGAAUACCACGCUCUGCCGAAUCCUGCUGCGCAGCCCAUGCUCAGUACCGAACUGGAAGAUCCCUUUCUUGACCCGCCAUCUCUUGCGCGAACACCUGAGAAUGCUGCUGCCAUGGACGGUGACAGCCAACCAGCUAGUGACUGGGAUGGUGCUUUCACCGAAGAUGAACAUGACAAGCUUGAAAACCGCGCACAAUUCUUUGAUGGCCGUGUUAAUGAGGUGGUUGGUACUUUGCUUGCCGCCCGACUUGAGCCGCUGGAGAAAACCCUCUUUUCUAUCCAGCAGGUCCUUGCCACCAGGGCCCGACGCACCCCCUCGUCGCGUCGCGACAUGCGAAGCGUGUCUGCGGAGUUCCCGCAGAGCGAUGCGGACGACGAGGAUGAGGAACCUGUUCUUCGUCGUUCCUUGAGCCCCAGGAGAGACCGUCGACUGGAUCAGAUUCGCAUAGCUGUCAUGGAAGGCUUCAAUGCUCAACAUCGCAACCAGGCCGCUGUCUCUACCGCGACCCCAGAGGCAGCACCCACUGCCAUUCUCGAGGCUCUUGACGACAUGAAAAAGUCACUCGGUUCCAACAUGCAGCUCGGUGACGAUUUGAAGAGAGUCAUCGAGCAAGCAGUUGAGAGUCGCAUGCCCGCCGUUCCCCAGCCUGAUGAAAUGCACAAUGCCAAGAUGGAUGAGAUGCAAGCUAAGAUCCUGGAUCUGGAGCAGCGCCUCUACUUUGAGCAGAGCAAGGUUGAGAACGAACUUGUGGAGCGCAGAGCCGCCGAAGAUCUUGCUGCCGAGAUUAUGCGCAAACUCCAGGCCGCUGAGACUCGCGUUGAGAUUGAAAUCAUUAACCGAAGCGUGUUUGAUCAACGUGUCAAGGACCUUGAAGAUAGAGUCAGACACCAUGAGCAGCUCAGUGAGGAGUCCGUGGCCGCACGUCGUGUGGCUGAGGACAAGCUCACGGAGACCCGAUGCCACCACGAAGCUGCUGAUGAAGAAGUUAACCGUCUCCGUGAGACAAUUGAGCAGAAAGACUUCAAGCUUCGCUCGCUUGAGCAGUCAAACAGCAAGACUUCGAUGCGCAUGGCUCUUUUGGAGGCCGCUCAGACCAACUCAAAUCAGUCUCUUUCCGAGAUGACCAACAAGUGCAAUGCUAUUGACGUUGAACUUCGAGACGUGCGCCAGGAUAACCACCAUUGGCGUGCCGAAUACGAGCGUGCUGAUGAAUCUGCUCGACAGAAGGCCAGCGAGCUGAGCCGAGCCCUCGACGAGAACCAGCACAUGCAGAGGUCUCUGACCACACUCACCACUCAGCUUGAGGAGAACGACCGCAUACGUGAGGCGUGGCGAGGCAAGUUCAUCUCGCUCCAGGAGGAUAUGGGUCAAGCCGCCCGUGAGAUCGCCGAGGACAACGCCCGUCGCAUCAAGAAGGAACAGGCCAUGUUUGCUCGACAAGAUGUGUUGGAUGCUCGUCUUCAGGCUGAGGCUAAGACUCGCGAGCGCCUGGAGAUCGAGAUGGAGCGUCUUCAAGACAACGAGCGCUCUGGUAUGCGUGCUGUCAACGAAUGCAAGCGCCUCGAAGUCCUGAUGGACGAACUCAAGAACGAGAAUCACAGGCUGGAGCAGACUGCUAUGCGAUACCAGCGUGAGUUUGAGGAGGCGAGGGAGUCUGGGCUCAGCGAGGUCAAGAGGACCCGCAUGGCCUUGCAACUUGAAGUCGACUCUGCCAACAACCAAGUCAACUUCAUCCGCGAAGAACUUGAGGAGCAGAACUCCAAGCUGCGCUCUGAGCUUGACCACGUUAGACUCGAAGCCGACACCGCCAAUGCUCAGAAUGAGAUGCUCCUCGAGGAAGCCCAGAGCACCAAGUCUUCCGAGAUUGACGAGCUCCAUCGCAAGCACCAGAAUGAGAUUGAGGAUCUCCAGACCCGAUACGAGCGACAAGUCAACAAUGCUCAUGAGGAUGCCCACAAGACCGAACAACACCUUUUGGAGCGCCUCAGCCUGUCGGCGUCGAAGACCGAGCACCUCCAGGAUCGCAUUCUUCACCUGGAGGACAAGCUCGAGAUUGCCAAGCAGGCUGCCGCCGCCGCCGCUCAAGCUGCCAAGUCUGCUGGUCUCGAGGCCGGACCUGCUGCCAUGGGCAGACACCACAAACCUGCUGCUUCUCGAAGCCUCGAAGCUCCCGAGAGAAUCUCGCCCCAGGCUCUCCGAGAAUCCAUCAUGGUCCUCCAAGAGCAGCUCCAGGCUCGCGAGCAGCGGAUCGAGGAGCUCGAGCAUGUGGCGUCCAAGGCGGAUCCCGAUGCUGCAACAAAGAUCACCAAGCGUGAUGAUGAGAUCAGCUGGCUGCGUGAGCUCCUUGCUGUCAGGCACGAAAACCUGCAGGACAUUAUCACUGCACUUUCAGGUGAUCGGUACAACCCUGACGCAGUGAAGGAUGCUGCCAUCAGACUGAAGGCCAACCUCCAGAUGGAGGAGCAGGAACGAGAGAGAGCUAUGAACGGCGGAUCGUCCAUCAACCUCCCUAACAUUGCUCAAUCGAUUCAGGCUGCUACUCCCCGUGUGGCCCAGGCUGUCGGUCCCAUCGCUGCUGCUUGGGGCAACUGGCGAAAAGGUAACCAGUCCUCAUUCAGCGGCCUCUCUGGUGUGCUGAGCUCACCAGCUGCCGGACGAAAUGCUACCCCUUCAAGGAGUAGCCCAGCCCCCCAGAACAGCCUUCUGGGUGGUCUCCUAACCCCCCCUGCCUCUGGGCUCCGCCAGACUCCCCCUGUGGACAACGGAAGACCCCAGCCCACCGCCUUUGCUAGCACCGGACGCCGCUAUCCAUCACACGGUACCGUAUCUGCACGAUCAAGAGGAAUCUCCAACACCUCGCACCGAUCGGACAGGUCCGGACGCAGCACCCCACCUCCUAGGCAAUCAGAGGCAGAGCCCAUGACUCCGCCGAUGAUGCGACCUGGUGUCUACGACUCUGAUGCCCAACCAGGGGAUUUUGAUGAUAACGACUUCUUUGAAGAGGACUAA